GUUCACUCAUCCAUUUUGUUUUGACAGCUGACGGCGUGAAAAUGUCGGCUCACAAGACAUUUAUUAUCAAGCGCAAGCUUGCGAAAAAGCUUAAACAAAACAGGCCUAUCCCGCAAUGGGUAAGAAUGCGCACAGGAAACACUAUUCGGUACAACGCUAAGAGGCGUCACUGGAGGAGGACGAAGCUGAAGCUGUAAGCUUGUAUCACCUGUUAAGCUGAAUAAACUCUUCUAAAUCCA